GCGGGGCCGGAGAAGUUGGAAUGAAGCCGAGGAAAAGUUCGUGGCUGGGAGGAGAGAAGGAAGGAGAAGAGUCUCCCACGUGACCUAGUUUCAGUUAUCACUGGGGCAGAGAACUAACUUUUGUCUUUAGCCUCGGGACACGCUUGCAAUAAUCAGGCAGAAAGCCACAUGCUAACUGGCUGGCUCCUCCUCCUGUGGCGUCAGUGAGUUUUAUGCGGCUUGAUGAACAGCAGCCUUGAAGAUAAACUCGGUUACUGAGACUAACCGAGGGGAACAGAGGUCUGGGACAUCCGAAAUGGUAAAGAACUCAUUUGGAAAUGGUUUGACGAACAUAUUUCAGUCUCCGCUUUUUAUCAUGGGCGUUUCGUAUGUGGCGGAAUUCACUGCGAGUAUAAUAAUGGAUAUUUGCUGAAUAAACAUGUAAGCCAACCGCUUCCCUGAAAGAGCCUGUGCAAACCCCGAGCCAAACAGUAGCCCGGGUGCUCCGGAUCCGUAAGGGUCGGUGAAAAGUGGGUGGUGAGUUGGAUAAGAGGACAUUUCAUCUCCUGACUCCACUUUUUACUGGUUGUCCCCCAUGCCUGAAAUGCUGUCCCUCUUCAAUUCUGCCUUUUGACUUCCUUCCAAUCUCAGCUCAAAUCUUACUUUCUUUAGUCAAGGCAAAAACAGUUCCGUCCUCCAAAAAGAGGUCUUGCGUUGGGGUAGUGGAAGCGCACCUCCUCUUUCAGUAGCCCCUCUUAAAAAAAAGAACCGAAAAUUCCUCGGUGCUUCUGAUCAGUCAGCGUUGGGAGACGGUGCUGGAAAAUCAGCCGGCCCAGGAAUCAGGUCAAAGAAUUUCACAGGUGUGGACAGGGAACUUAGGCACCCCCUGCCCUCCAAACUACCACCACCAUGGUGCCCUGGGAAGAGCCAGAACGGCUGGUGUGGCGCCCAGAAGCUGUGCCUGCAGUGCCUGUGGGGCUGGAGGUAAAGAUGGGUGCCCUGGUGGUGCUGCUGGUGCUCACCCUGUUUUGUAGCCUAGUGCCCAUCUGCGUGCUUCGACGUCCCAGCGCCAACUUCGAGGCCUCAGCCUCCAGAAAGAAAAUCCUGAGCCUGGUGAGCUGCUUCGCAGGUGGUGUUUUUCUGGCUACCUGUCUCUUGGACUUGCUUCCAGACUACCUGGCUGCCAUAGAUGAGGCCCUGAGUGCUCUCCGAAUCACACUUCAGUUCCCACUGCAGGAGUUCAUUCUUGCCAUGGGUUUUUUUCUGGUUCUGGUGAUGGAGCAGAUUGUGCUAGCUUACAAAGAGCAAUCAGGGCCCCUUCCAAGAGAGGAAACUCGAGCACUCCUGGGCACAUCAGGCACUGCACCUUCACACUGGCACGAUGGAUCCAUGGCUGAUGGGACUUCUCCUACCCCUUCAGCCUUAAGGGCCUGUGUCCUGGUCUUCUCACUUUCCCUACACUCAGUAUUUGAAGGGCUUGCUGUGGGGCUGCAGAGGGAGCGAGGCCGGGCAAUGGAGCUGUGUCUGGCGUUGCUCUUGCACAAAGGAGUACUAGCUGUCAGUCUGUCCCUACGGCUACUGCAGAGCCGGCUGCGGGGUGAAGUAGUGGCCAUUUGUGGGGUCCUCUUCUCCUGCAUGACACCGUUGGGUAUUGGGCUGGGGGCUGCACUAGCAGAGUCAGCAGGGCCUCUGCACCAGCUGGCACAAUCAGUGCUAGAAGGUAUGGCAGCCGGCACCUUCCUCUAUAUCACUUUCCUGGAGAUCUUGCCCCAGGAACUGGCUGCUUCUGAGCAGAGGAUCCUCAAGGUCAUCUUGCUUCUGGCUGGUUUUGCCCUGCUUACUGGUCUGCUUUUUAUUCGUGUUUAAAUGACCUCGGAGGUAUGGGGGCCUUGGGAGCUGAAAGUGCAUAUGAUGGGGUAGGGGGGUGGUGUGCAUUGGUGGGUGUUAUAGUAAGGACCCCAGAGAGUGACCAUCAGAACACGAGACAAAGGACAAAGAUAAAACUCCCCAGCAAUGUGGGGGGAGGUGAAGAGGGGAGAAGAAAACUAAAAAAACACUAGACAAGACGAAGGGACUUGUGAACAGGUGGUAGAAUACAAGGACUGAGACACUAAGGGUAGGGCCAUCAGAGAAUGAGGAGUGGAAAAGGAAUCUGGAGCCCCUAGGGGUAUCGAUUUCAUCCCAUUCCUCUAUUCUCCUGGAGAAGCCCCAUUUUUCUUCUCCUGGCCCUGCCCCCUUUUCAAUGUUCACUUUUUUAAGGGCAUGAUGGCUGACACAUCUACAAGCUAAGUUCCCUGCCCUCAGUUGAACUUCCAAUCCUCCUAUAAAGUGCCAAAUACUCCUCCUCCCCCCUUUUCACAAAGCACAUUGGUAUUGGGUGUUGCCAGGCAGCUAAAUGGGAACUGUGCUGCCUGCUGUUGAUUUUCAAACCUUUCACCCUCUCUGGGGCUGGGGGUGAGUAUCGAACCUGGUGAUCUUGCCCAGGUGCCAAAGGCUGAACUGCCUAAACCUUUUGUACCAGAGAAGCCUUGGAGGCCCGCCUCUCAGGGGUAUUUUUGGAGGAGGGUGGGUGGAGGGGAGGGAGGGAUGGGGACUGGGAGGGAGAGGGAUAUGCUCUGUAUAAUCUAUUUUACUAAACUGACGCUUCCGGGAUCGGCUUCCCGAAUAAAAGGUGUUCUUAUA